UAGUUCUGGUUUAACAGGUUUAAGUUCUGAAGAAAACAACUCCACAGUCCUUCAUGAAAAUACACGUUUAAAGGAAUUUCAAAGUAACUUCUGCUCAAGGCAGUUCAAGUUCAGUGGAGGAACGAGCAACACCACAUCGUCAUUAUUCAUGCUGUGAAUCUGUGAAGGGUGAUGGCGUCUGUUAAAGUUGAAGAUCUGCUUGAGAAAUCACUGAAGGACCUGGUAGAAGCUGAACGGAAGAAGUUUAAGUGGCACUUAGAGAAAGAUCAUGAAUGUAUAUCAAAGUCUGAAAUGGAGAAAGCAGAUAUCUUAGACACAGUGGAUAAGAUGGUAGCAUGUUUUGGACCAGAAGAAGCUGUGAAGAUCACAGUGGAGACCCUGAGGAAGAUGAACCAGAACAAUCUGGCUGAGCAGCUGGAGAACAAACACAAGCAAGGUCAGGCUGAAGGCAAUAUGAAGACGUCUGCCGCUGUUGGAGCUCAUUCAGAAGAGAUCAGGGGCUCAACAGCAGACGAUAGAGAAGCUACUCUUCAUGAUUACACAGAGACCAGCCUCACACUGAAGGACAAAUUAAAACAGGACUACGAGAAGAUAUUGGUUGGUGAUUCACAGACGGGUCAUCGGAAAUACCUGAAAGAUAUUUACACUGAUUUAUAUGUGGUGGAGAAUGAGACUGGAGGAAGAGUGAACGACCAUGAGGUGAGACAGAUCGAAUCAAAUCACAACCGAUUGACUGCCAAAGAGAAGCCAAUCAAGUGUAAUGACAUGUUUAAAGUCCAGUGUGACACGGAUCAACGAAACAGAAAAGUGCUGACAACGGGGAUUGCAGGAGUGGGAAAAACUGUCUCUGUCAAUAAAUUCAUCUUUGACUGGGCUAAAGGAACAGAAAAUCAGGAUAUAGUCUUCAUAUUUCCACUUCCAUUCCGUAAAUUGAAUUUGAUUAAAGAAGAGUAUAGUCUCAUGGGACUGAUCAACAAAUACUUCUUUAGUAGUCCUGAAGAAUUGCUCUCUCUUCCUGAAGGUGAUGGUAAAGUUAUGUUCAUCUUUGAUGGGCUGGAUGAAUGUCGCUUUACUUUGAACUUUAAAGAUGACGACAUAUUUACAAAUGUAAAUGAAAAAACAACAGUCAGUAAGGUAAUAAUAAACCUUAUCAAGAGACACCUGGUUCCCUCUGCUCUCAUCUGGAUCACAUCCAGACCAGCAGCAGCCAGUCUGAUUCCCCGUGACUACAUUGAUCAAGUGACAGAGGUGCAAGGAUUUAACGAUGAGCAGAAAGAGCAAUACUUCAAAAAUAACAGCAGUCCUGAGGUCGCUGGAAACCUCAUCAGUCACAUCAAGAAAUCCAGGAGUCUGCACAUCAUGUGCCAUAUUCCUGUCUUCUGCUGGAUCUCUCUUAUUGUUCUUCAGCCUCUACUGGCUCGAGAGAGCAAUGACAAAACUCCCACAACUCUCACAGAGAUGUACACAAGCUUCUUAAUUUCUCAGAAGAAACAGAUGGAAGAAAAAUACUGUGAUGACCCUGAACUUAAAGCCAAUGCAGUGUCUUUUGAUCAGAUUAUUCUGAAGCUUGGGAAACUGGCCUUUCAACAGCUGGAGAAAGGAAACCUGAUUUUCUACAAAGAAGAUCUUGAGGAAUGUGGACUAGAUAUCAGAAAAGGGUCGUUGUACUCUGGGUUAUGCACUCGAAUGUUUCAGGAGGAAAAGGUAGCAGCAGGAAACGUUUACAGCUUCGUACAUCUCAGCGUACAGGAAUUCCUUGCUGCUCUUUAUGUGUUUAUGAUGGGCAAAGAUGAGAAAGCUGACCUAUUUCUUCAAUCCUGGAGAAAACUGACAUGGAAACUGUCCAAAAAGCCACUGUUUCAGCUUCAUAAUGCUGCAGUCAAGAAAGCUUUACAGAGUGAGAACGGACACCUAGACCUUUUCCUUCGGUUCCUCCUGGGUCUGGAGUCCAAUCAGAGUGUCCUGAAGCGACUACUGCCAGAACUGGAGCUCAGAAAAGGGGACAUGAAAAACACUGUUAACUAUAUUAAAAAGAAAAUAGAAAAUGAGAAAUCAGUAGAGAAGACCAUCAAUCUCUUCCACUGUCUGAGUGAACUGAAAGAUGACUUUGUGGAGGAAAUCCAGAAGAAUCUGAGAUCAGGAAAACUUUCAGCACAGAAUCUCUCCUCUGCUCAAUGGUCUGGUCUGGUGUUUGUGCUCCUGAUGUCAGAAGAGACUCAAGAGAAGUUUGAAAUGCAGAAAUACAGAAGAUCUGAUCAAGCACUGGUGACACUUCUGCCAGUGAUCAAAAACACCAGAAGAGCACUGCUACACAGCUGUAAUCUCACAGCUCAGUCCUGUGAGAGUUUAUCAUCAGCUCUACAAUCCCCAAACUCCUUUCUGAGAGAGCUGGAUCUGAGUAACAAUGACCUGCAGGAUUCUGGAGUGAAGCUUCUUUCUGAUGGACUGAAGAGUCCAAACUCUCAGCUGGAGAUACUGAGAUUGUCUGGCUGUAUGGUGACAGAGGAAGGCUGUGGUUAUGUGUCUUCAGCUCUGAGUUCAAACCCGUCACACCUGAGAGAGCUGGAUCUGAGCUACAACCACCCUGGAGAUUCAGGAGUCAAGCUGCUCUCUGAUAAACUCAACGAUCCAAACUACAGACUGGAUAAACUCAAUGUGGAUCAUGGAGGAGAGAUCAGGAUUAAAGCAGGACUACGGAAAUAUUCUCUUCCGCUCACUCUGGAUCCGAACACAGUGAAUAAAUACCUCCGUCUGUCUGAGGAGAACAGAGUGAUUACUACUUUUUCUAUCACUGACAAAGUCCAGCUGUAUCCUGAUCAUCCAGACAGAUUUGAUAAUGUGGAUCAGGUGUUGUGUAGAGAGAGUGUGUGUGGACGCUGUUACUGGGAGAUUGAGUGGAGUGGUGAACAUGUGUGUAUAUCAUUGGCAUAUAAGAGCAUCAGCAGGAAGGGAGGGGGUAAAAAGUGUCGGUUUGGAUAUAAUGAUCAGUCCUGGAGUUUGUACUGCUUGUCCUCCGGUUACUCAUUCUGGCACAAUAACAUAGAGACUGAACUCUAUGUAAAGUCCAUCAUCAGGAGAAUAGGAGUGUGUGUGGAUCCCAGUGCAGGAACUCUGUCCUUCUACAGCGUCGAGAGAAACACAACGAGCCUCAUACACACAGUCCAGACCACAUUCACACACAAACUCUAUCCUGGGUUUAUGGUUUAUUAUGGAUCAUCAGUGAAACUGUGUUGAUGAGUGAGAACAGACUGUAGAGAUUCUACCCAUAAUGCUUUGGGCCGCAUGAUAAAUCAGUAACACUGAGAUGUUCUAGAGUCUCUUAUUGUCUCUUCAUUACAGUAAUACUACAGUAAAAUAACAUGUCAGAAUAAAUGUGUGUAAUGAAUCCUCAUAUAGACAGUAAGAUCAUUGUGUGUGUGUGUGUGUGUGUGUGUGUGUGUGUGUGUGUGUGUGUGAGUCACGAUGAGUGAUGGUGUGUAUCUGUGCUUUUCUCAAACUAUAUUCAGUUCUUAUUGUUCUGUCACAUAAAUCAUUUGUAUUAUCACUAUCAAAAUGACCUUUCAAUGAAAUGUUUCAUUCUAUAAAACAUGUUAUUUGUUGUAAAAUUGAUAAAUGUCAAUGUAUUAAUAAAU